GACAGUGGAGAGAAGAAGAGAAGGGAUUUGUGUUCGCAUCUCUAUGCCAGUCUCCUUUGUUCCUAUCUGAGGUGAACUGAGCUGCUGUACCGAUUACUUACACCCUGUGUUUCUCCUCGUGUCCAGCUGAGUUGAUGAAUGCAGUCCAUGGCCAGUUCAACAUGGGUCUUUUAUAACGGAACGGGGCUCAGCAGGCAUGGAGCCUCUCAGCCCGCAAGUGCUGGUGGUUGUAGCAGGAAGUUUCCUGAGCUUCCAGUGGCUCUUCCACAGAGGAAGCCCUUGGGUGUCUCAGCACCUCUGCGGGGGCUUCCUCAGGCUCAGCCCUACACAAAGGACGGAGUGGAACUCCAGAGCCGUCUCUACAGUGCACGCCUUGGUUGUGGGGCUUUUCUGCCUUUACAUAUACAUCUUUGAUGAACCCAUCCAGAAAGAUCCUGUCUGGGGGGACGCCACACUGGUGAAACUAAAUGUGGCUGUUACUUCAGGCUAUCUCAUCUCAGAUCUCCUGCUCAUGUUCACUUCAUGGGAGUCAAUUGGAGAGAAAUACUUUGUCAUUCAUCAUUUCGCUGCCCUCUAUGCAUACUAUUAUGUGCUGAGUCAAGGGAUUUUGCCUUACUUUGCAAAUUUUCGGCUGCUAUCUGAAUUCUCCACCCCUUUUGUGAACCAGCGUUGGUUUUUUCACAUGUUAGGCUACCACAAACUUUCUAAACCAAGUCUGCUUAAUGGUGUCGCAAUGGCGUUUACCUUCUUCUUGGUGAGGAUCGCUGUCAUUCCAGGCUACUACAGCCAUAUGUACUCAGUCUUCGGCACAGAUGACUUCUAUCGGCUACCUAUUGGUGCCCGCUGUGCCUGGGUCAUUUCCAGCGUGUCUUUGGAUGUCAUGAACAUCAUGUGGAUGCGCAGAAUCAUCCGUGGGUGUCUGAAAGUCCUUCGCUCGGCCUGGACACGACCAGCAGGAACUGAGAUGGAAACUAGAAAGACAGACUGACAUGGAGAAACAGACAGAAACAACACAUCAGCACACAAAUUGUCCAUCUUGUAUCAUGAUACUGGAGUGCAAAUGUCAUAUGCGUUACUCCCGCUGCUGUACUUUUGAGUUUUUAAACCGACCAAUCAACUGCGUGGAAAGCCAGUCGUUGAGUUAAUAAUGACUUAUAUGAUGUCAUUUUCAAAUCAGUCAGUCACAGGCACUUAUUUUAAGAAAUCAGGUGAUUAAGAGGCAUGAGACUGAUCACAAUGUACAAUCAGGACAUAAGUUGUGGUUGCACUAUUUAUUAUUAAGCUGCUAUUAAGAUCAACCAACUUGCCUUUUUGAAUGCAAUCAACAAAGCAACAGCACAUCUGAAAGUUCACAAAGAUGCACAGCGUGUGCCUGUAGGCCAUGAUAGAUGAUUUUUGAUUACAAUAUGGAUAGGGUUAUGUAAACGGUGAAGUGUAAUGGCUUUAGCGGAAAUGUGGUUUGAGCAUAUAUAGGUGAAAGAUCCUGUAGGACAGGAUAUUGUACUCAAGAAACUAUGCAUGUCUACAAUUACUGUAUAUAUAUAGAGAGAAGACUAUAAAUAGGGAGUAUUAUGUGUGGAAUGAAAAGCAUAUCAGGUGACAGUGUUAUAUGUGUUUCUGAAAAUCUAUAACUUAAUGGCACAGCUGCGUGUAAGCCUUUUGCUUGUAUAGUACUUGCUAUGUGUGGUUUGAUGGUUGGUUUUGGACUAAUGACAAUAAUUACAGUAUUUAAGCUUCAGUGGGGUAAGGCAUUUCAGGUUAUUUAUCAUUAUUUACUUCACUGUUAUGGAAUUAAGCAAUGAUAUGAAUGUUGACAAAGGUGUAUAUGAGCUAUUGAAUGGAUUUCUACAAAUACUGUGAUGCUGAAACUGCUCAUGUUUCGUGUGUUUCUGUGGUGUGGCGAUGUUUUAAUCUGAAAUUAAACAGAUCGGUUUUAAUUAAAGUUGGUGUUAAAGGAUAAACAAAUAUUUAACGACAAUUUUGUUAGUUUAAGGUAUUUCGACAGCUGACGACAAAGAAAAUAGUAUAAUCUGUCUUUAACAUGCAUCAUGCUCUUUAUCAAGGGCUUUAAAAUAAAUCGUACGAUACACAUCGUGUUACAGUUUAAAGUGGUUUGCCCCACCAGGUUGUAAGUUAUUUUAAAAUGUGGUGUUUUCCCGAGUUCAUAACUUACAUUUCACAUGUAUAUUCUCCUAUCUGUAAAUGUUAGAAGGUCAUGAAAACGUCUCUCAGGUGUGCAGUCUUUCCGUUAAACUUCGGAAAAGAUGCGCACCGUGCGCAUGCGCGUCAACACUGCUAUUACUUCAAUUGGUAUAUAUAUAUAUAUAUAUAUUUUAUUUAUU